AAUGGAAUUAUUCUUUUCUCCUCAAAUACUCCUUCCUUCCUUUCCUUUCUUCCCCAUUUCUCUCUCUCUCUCUCUCUCUACAAAACCCUUUCUUUCUCUCUCUUCUGCAACCCAUUUUAAGGUUCGUUUUCCGAUUCCCAAUUUCCUUGUCUUUUCUUCCUUCUACAUCUUUUUCUUUCACUCUUCAAACCUUUUCAACUUCUCAAACUUUCUUCGUAGUAGUAGUACUUCAAAAACUUUACUUGUUCUUCAACACUGUCAAAUUUCGUACUAAACAACAACAAUUGGGCUUUUGGAAUGAGUGUCUGCAACAAUGUCAAUAUGUUGACACGAAAGAUUCUUUUGAUAUCGUCUUUUAAUUGUACUAUUUAUAUGGGGGAUUAGGCUGUUUAAUUAUGUGAUAAUACAGUCUGGUUUUGUAGUAGUGAAUGUUAUAGUUGGGUACUUUUGUUGUUGUUAUUGUUUUUGUACUGUAUUGUCUUGUUGAAGAAUUCAAAACAUAUUCGGCAGACGGGAAGAACUGAAUAUUGUUGAAUGGGUAAUAAACUCGGGAGGAGGAGACAAGUGGUAGAUGAAAAAUAUACACGUCCCCAAGGGUUGUAUAAUCAUAAAGAUGUGGAUCAGAAGAAGCUGAGGAAGCUAAUCCUUGAAUCAAAGCUAGCACCUUGCUAUCCUGGAGAUGAAGAAACUGCCUGUGACCGUGAAGAGUGCCCAAUUUGCUUUCUGUAUUAUCCAAGUCUAAAUCGAUCAAGGUGUUGCACAAAAAGCAUCUGUACAGAGUGUUUUUUGCAGAUGAAAGUCCCAAAUUCAACUCGGCCUACACAAUGUCCCUUCUGUAAAACGGCAAACUAUGCUGUGGAGUAUCGUGGUGUAAAAUCAAAAGAAGAGAAGGGAUUGGAACAGAUUGAGGAGCAGCGUGUUAUUGAAGCAAAGAUUAGGAUGCGGAAGCAGGAACUUCAGGAUGAAGAGGAAAGAAUGCAUAAAAGACUAGAAGUAAGCUCUUCAAAUGUGAAUGUGGCUGUUGCAGAUGUUGAAUACAGUUCAAAUGCAGUGGCUGAAUCUUCAUCUUCUGCCAUUGAACCUGAUGAAAUCGUCUCUUCUCAAGACUCGUGUGCCACACCAAUGGUUAGACCAUCUCCUGCCACUAGGGCCAAUAGAGAUGAUGAAUUUGAUGUCGAUCUUGAGGACAUUAUGGUCAUGGAAGCAAUCUGGCUUUCCAUUCAGGAGAAUGGAAGGCAGAAAAAUUUAUCUUUUGCUGAUGCUACUUCUGGCCACUACGUAGCUGAUGAUCGUUAUGCUUCGUCUCCCAUGGUUCCACCACAGACAGGACCAUCCUCAUCCCCAUCGGGGGGUCUUGCUUGUGCCAUUGCAGCUCUUGCUGAGCGUCAGCAAAUGUCUGGAGAAUCGUCUGUAAGCUCCAACAAUGAAAAUUCAUCUUCAUUCAACAUGCCACCGGGUUCCAGAAGGUUUUAUAACAGGCUUGGAAGAGAUAUGGUUAGUUAUUCACCCUCAGAAAACCUGAAUGAAGGACCACCUGAUGAUGCUAUGUCAAUGACUAGGAGUCACGGUGAAUGGAGCAUAGAUCAUGGAUCACAGGUAGCUGAAACGACAACUAGCUAUGCAAACUCUGUUGAAGCAGAAGAUCAUGGUGAACUGUCAUCAUUGUCACAGUCUAAUGACAUUAAUGGAAGCUUUCAAAGUCCCACAGACCCCAUUGUUCCCGAGAGUUUUGAGGAGCAGAUGAUGCUGGCUAUGGCUGUCUCUUUAGCUGAAGCUCGAGCCAUGCCAAGUGGACAGAGUGCUUCAUGGCAAUAGUUUUGGUCAAGGUACUGCUGGUUCAAUCUUUCUUAAAUUUGUGAUGCUUACCUUGACUAUGUGGCCUGCCGGGUCCUGAGUUUGGAAUUUGAGCAAAAGUCACACAUUGUGUGCAAUUUUGGUCAAGGAUCAGGUAGCGAUUCUCUUUUCACACGAAUUUAUAUAUAUAGAUGUCAAAGGAAAACGAAUGAUUCAAGUUGAUGAAAGGUUGUUGCUUAAUGCCAUAUUUUUUUUACUGUGUGUGAUGUUCUCUCCCGCUCUCUCAUUGGUUUUCUGUAAAUAGUUUUUGUCUUUGAUUAAUCUCUUUUAGUUCUUAUAGUAAUAUGUGGCACAUUUUAGACAUGUAUUGGACAAGAAAGGAAAUUAAAUAUCUAUGUCAGUACAAUUCA